AUGCAGGUCGUUGAGGAUGAUAGAAGCAAGAAAUUGCAUCCUUUAGACCCCUCCGUUUCUUCCAAUUCGUAUCAGCCCUCCCAAUCGAUAAAGGCAACCACCACCCUAAAUCCUGUCACCCUCUCCUUAUCCGGUGAUCACCCAAAUGUACUCCCUUUAGGAGUCCCUGGACCUUCCACCUACAUUCCGACCAACCAACAACAAUUGAACUCCCUUGUUCAACCUGACAUAAUCACUCCCACCAGUGAAACGUCCCUUUCUCAAAGUGAUGCAACUCGAAAACAUAUCGACGAUGCUGCAUUCAUCGAUCCUUCAGCCGAUCUAGAAUUUAUCAACAACCUCAUGUCUUGGCAUGGUACGGAUCCAAUGAGAGAAGAUAUUGAGGAUGGAUCUCAAGCGAAUAGAGACUGGAAUCUGAACGAAUUGCUUGGAUGGGACCCAGCAAUUAGCUUGACUAGACGUGGGUCGAAUGAUUUCGGAGUUGCGCCAUCGAGUAUAGAAGGUCGAUUACCGGCUGUACAACCAAAUCGUGUCAAAAGUCCGAGAUCUCGGUUCCGAGUCCCAUACUUUCGGUUCUUUGGACCCACUGCUAUUGCACCUGGUUACAAACAGGUGCAAUACGACGUUUCGGCCCCUCCAUCACCUAAACUCCCUGCGAACUCUCUGUCAGCGCUGUCAGCUUUGGACAACACUCAAGAGUUACCCAUAUGGGACCAAGACAAACAAUACCCACAUACGAAAGCCUUGCAACAUCUCAUACCUAUCUUCAAUCUACAUUACACCUACUUCUUCCCCUUUCUGCGACUGUCCACAAAUGACAUUCCAAAUCUUAUUGCGAAUAAGCCGCCCUAUUUGCUCAACAUCAUCUGUGCAAUAUCUGCUCGAUUCUCCCCUCUCUACGGCUCGCGGCCUCUUUCAGCUGAAGCCAUAGAUCGGUCAACGUCUACACACAACUCUGCGUCCCACAUGUGGUCGUCCAAAGCCAAGGAGCAGAUAUCAAAGAACAUAUCAUUCUCGACGGUGGAAAUGGUAGAAACGCUCAUCCUGAUCAGCUGGUAUGAGUUUGGGCAGGAUCGAGAUGCGGGUCUGUGGAUGUAUUCUGGGAUGGGUCUCAGGAUGGGACAGGAUCUUGGAUUGGACUCGCUCAGCAAGCAAACGGCCAGUGACCAACUACCACAAGCUCCUGAUGAAUUGUAUGCUCGGCAACUACACUGCUCAUUAGUAAUGAUGGAUGCUAUUAUGACCAUAGGAACCGGUCGAAGUGGAAUGUAUCUAACUCAGCCCCCUGCCCUACCGACUUUGCCGCCUGUUCUUGCAUCUGAUGGUGAGACACAAGCGGAUCCCUUCCUAUACCUGGUGAGGAUCCUUGUGCUGUCCGAUAGUGUUGCUCGUACACUUCGAGAUCAUCUCAGGUCCCCUCAAUCACAGUUGCUAGAGAUCGCUCAGAGCGAAUUGAACGAAUUUCAUACGACGUUGCCUACGGAGUUGAGAUUUGAGACCUCCGCAUUCCAGAGGUACGCGUCGAUCGGACAUGGCAGUACCUUUGUUCUCCUGCAUUUCUGGUUCCAUACCCUAAUCAUACUGGUCUAUCAACCGGACCUACUCCGCACAGGGGAGGUACACUCGAAUAGCACCUUACCUGAUGUAGCUGGACAACAAAUCGCAGCCAGUUCAGCCAAGACUAUUCUUGACAUUGCCAGCUUUGCAGAACUCAUUGAUGUUAAGGCAAACACUCAGCCGUGGAUCAACUACCCUUUGUAUAUCGCUGGAUGCAUGUUCUUAUCGCAAUGCGUUUCACCUACCAAUGCUGCUCAUUCAGCUGGUCAGGUCCAUCUUGCCAAAAUUGCUCGAGCAGACUUUCAACGGAUCAUCGGUCUACUGGACACUCUCCAGUCAUAUUGGGCCGGUGUGCGGUAUAUUCGCGGUGCUCUGCUACAGAAAGCCGAAGGUGCGACACAAAUCACGUUGCUGGAUAAUCCGAAUGGCGUGGCUAGUCCGGAAGUGCCCCCAGCACUGGCUGCGAUGUGGUCAGGACAAUCAGAUACAAGUCAUUUGGUUGGCCUGAGUUUCACAGGCACUAUGAACUCGCCUACGGAUAACUUUUUCAGCCUGUUAUAUCCCAAUACUUCGGCUGCAUGCCAGUGA